UAGGAGCCUGGCUGAGGACACACUCGCCAGCCUGCACUUUGCCACCCGAGUGCUGCUCCCUCUCAGGAUGAAGGUGAUGGUGGGCCCAGACCCUUCCCUGGUCUACCGACCUGACAUGGACCCAGAGGCGGCCAAAGACAAGGGCAGCUUCCGGAACUACACGUCAGGUCCCCUCCUGGACCGUGUCUUCACCACCUACAAGCUCAUGCACACGCACCAGACAGUGGACUUUGUCAAGAGCAAGCAUGCCCAGUUUGGGGGCUUCUCCUACAAGAAAAUGACAGUCAUGGAGGCUGUGGACCUGCUGGACAGGCUGGUGGAUGAGUCCGACCCGGAUGUGGACUUCCCCAACUCCUUCCAUGCCUUCCAGACAGCAGAGGGCAUCCGGAAGGCCCACCCAGACAAGGACUGGUUCCACCUUGUUGGGCUCCUGCAUGACCUGGGGAAGGUCCUGGCCCUGUUUGGGGAGCCCCAGUGGGCAGUUGUUGGAGACACCUUCCCGGUCGGAUGCCUGCCCCAGGCCUCCGUGGUUUUCUGCAACUCCACCUUCCAGGACAAUACUGACCUCCAGGAUCCAAGAUACAGCACAGAACUCGGCAUUUAUCAGCCCCACUGUGGGCUCGAUAGAGUCCUCAUGUCCUGGGGCCAUGAUGAGUACAUGUACCAGGUGAUGAAAUUCAACAAGUUCUCACUGCCCCUGGAGGCCUUCUACAUGAUCCGGUUCCACUCCUUCUACCCCUGGCACACCGGCAAUGACUACCAGCAGCUAUGCAGCCCACAGGACCUGGCCAUGCUACCCUGGGUACAGGAGUUCAACAAGUUCGACCUCUACACCAAGUGCCCGGACCUGCCAGACGUGGACGAACUGCGGCCCUACUACCAGGGGCUCAUCGACAAGUACUGCCCUGGCAUCCUGAGCUGGUGACCCUCCCGCCACCCGAGCUGCUGCUGGAGCCAGGCCUGGCCCUCCACCUGCCUGGAGAGGUUUGGCCCUGGGCAGACAGCCACCAUCAGGGUUCACCUCGGUGGGGGACCCCACUCACCCCCUUAGGGUCACCACCCUUCAUGGCCACUUGUGCCUGGUGCCAAUAAAGACCUGGAAGGAGACUGUG